UUGUUUUUUUGUUUGUUUGUUUUUUGUCAAGAGUAAUAUUUUCUAAAUUAUUUUUCCAGAAGGUAUCAAGAAACUGAUAAUGUUUCCUUGAAUUCGCUUAUGUAUUUGUUUCAUCAAUGUCACUCAUACUGAAUAUCUUAAGAGAAAUGCUGGAAUAUUUUGGUGUUCCCAUAGACCAGGUUUUGCAGAUUAGAGAAAAUAAAGACUAUGGAUCAGCUCGGAGUAUUGUUCGUAUUAUUGGGAAAAUUCUUCCUCUAGAACCUUGUCCCAGGCCUAAUUUUGAGUUAAUCCCGCUGUUGAACUCUGUAGACUCUGGUAACUGUGGAUCUGUAGUUCCAUCUUUUGCUGAUACUUUGUGUGUGGCAAAUGAUGAAGAAGCCAGUUAUCUCAGAUUUCGAAACAGUAUAUGCAAACAUGAAGAAGAGGAGAAAAUGGAAUUUUUCCAUACUUUGCAACCAGUUUGGAAUCCAUUGUCACCUGCUGUCAGACAGAAUAAACGAAUGAAAAGUGACGGGCCUGUAGGUGAAGCAGCAUUUAAAAAGAUAGCUGCCCUCGAAGAGGAGCUGACUUUUCUCCGUACCCAGAUUGCUGCGAUCGUGGGAAGGCAGGAACCGAGAGCGAGAGCCAGUGCGCAUGCGGGCUUCUUUGACUUGAAUGACGAGCCUAGCAGUGUGGGACAAAGACCGUCACCAGGGACUGCUGAACUGAGUGCCCAACCAGAUCCAUUUUCAAGUUCAGUGCUUUUCCCACCCCACCCUCACCCUCCUCCUCCUCCUCCACUGCCCCCUCAACUUCUUUCUCCACAGCCUGCAUGUUCUCCUCUCACACAGCCAGCAUCUAAUAAUAUGUGUGACUCAGAUAAUUCAGCAAAUGAAAUGAAAAAACAGCACCCAGGUGAUAGUAAGACCAAUUACAGUCAUUCAAAAAACCAGGAUGUUCCAAACAUGUUGGAUGUUCUAAAGGACAUGAAUAAGGUUAAGCUUCGUGCUAUUGAACGGUCACCUGGAGGUAGACCCAUUCAUAAGAGGAAAAGACAAGAUUCACAUUGGGAUCCAGUGUCUUUGAUAUCCCAUGCACUUAAGCAGAAGUUUGCCUUCCAAGAAGAUGAUUCCUUUGAGAAAGAAAAUAGGUCUUGGGAAUCUUCUCCAUUUUCUAGCCCAGAAACUUCAAGAGUGAGCUAUCAUAACGUAAAGCUAAUGUUUUAAUUUUCCCGAAGUGUGCUGUGCUUCCGUGGCCGCCUUCAGGCUCCCGUGAAGCGCUUGCGCACAACGGGCCGUGCGCUUGUGCACCAGUACCACCCAUGUUUCUCACGUGUCUGUUCACGUUCACACGUUCCUUUCGCUUUUAGC